ACACCACCAGGCACAAUUGCCUCCCUCCGGAUUUCCACCAGGGUGAACGAAUGGGCUUGGAGGAGACUCCAGAUGCCAGAGACGCGUCUUGAAAAACGUGUCAUUUAGAAGAAAGUCUGUUCCCUACAGGGAGUGCAGUUGGCAGCUGUAGCCACAGUCGGUUGCGAGAAAGCUCCCCACCUGGGGAAACCAGGCGGCUCACGUGCGCGCUCGGCAGGGAGGACGCGGCGGCCGCGGGACUCGAAUCGGUGGUCCAGAGGCGUCCUGGGGUCUGUCUGCGGCCUGGCCUGCUGGCCCAAAUUAAAGUGGGAGGAAGCCGGCGUGCACAGCUGUCGUCGGUCCGGCUGAGGCCUCCGCUCCCUGCCUUCUCCCCUCUCUCCCGCCUCCCGCCCCAGAAAUGAUCUCAAGCGUUGCCAGUUUGAUUCCAGAGCCCCACUCGGCUGACACUGCAGACCUCAGCAGCGGCGUUGUGAGGACUUAACUGAGACCUGGAAGCGUAUCCUCCUGUGUUUUUUCAGACUCCUUGGAAAUUAAGGAAUGCAAUUCUGCCACCAUGAUGGAAGGAUUGAAAAAACGUACAAGGAAGGCCUUUGGAAUACGGAAGAAAGAAAAGGACACUGAUUCUACAGGUUCACCAGAUCGAGAUGGAAUUCAGGGGAAAAAAAAGACCCAGAAGACUCAGCUUCUCCUCACCUCUUGCUUCUGGCUCAGAGCCCUCUCGUUAACUCUGUCUCAGAAGAAAAGCAAUGGGGCACCAAAUGGAUUUUAUGCAGAAAUCGAUUGGGAAAGAUAUAAUUCACCUGAGCUGGAUGAAGAAGGCUACAGCAUCAGACCUGAAGAACCCGGCUCUACCAAAGGAAAGCACUUUUAUUCUUCGAGUGAAUCGGAAGAGGAAGAAGAAUCACACAAGAAAUUCAAUAUCAAGAUCAAACCAUUGCAAUCUAAAGACAUUCUUAAGAAUGCGGCAACUGUAGAUGAGCUGAAGGCAUCGAUAGGCAACAUUGCACUUUCCCCAUCACCAGUGGGUGCAAUUAAAAGGAACUUAUCCAGUGAAGAAGUGGCCAGGCCCCGGCGUUCCACACCAACUCCAGAACUUAUAAGCAAAAAGCCUCCUGAUGACACUGUGGCCCUUGCUCCCCUCUUUGGCCCACCAUUAGAAUCAGCGUUUGAUGAACAGAAGACGGAAGUUAUUUUAGAUCAGCCUGAGAUAUGGGGUGCAGGCCAGCCAAUUAAUCCAAGCCUGGAAUCGCCAAAGUUAACAAGGCCUUUUCCCACCGGAACACCUCCACCACUGCCUCCAAAAAAUGUACCAGCCACCCCACCUCGAACAGGCUCCCCAUUAACAAUUGGACCAGGAAAUGAACAGUCAGCCACAGAGGCCAAAAUUGAAAAACUACCCUCCAUCAAUGACUUGGACAGCAUUUUUGGCCCAGUGUUGUCCCCCAAGUCUGUUGCCGUGUACACUGAAGAAAAGUGGGUUCAUUUCUCUGACACGUCCCCGGAACAUGUUACUCCAGAGUUGACUCCAAGGGAAAAGGUGGUGUCCCCACCAGCAGCAUCAGACAACCCAGAUGACUCCCUGGCUCCAGCCCCUCCCGGCCCCCCGGUCCCCACGGGUCCCCCAGGACCUCCUGGGCCUCCUGGGCCUCCUGGGCCUCCUGGGCCUCCUCGCAAUGUACCAUCUCCGCUCAAUUUAGAAGAAGUCCAGAAGAAAGUUGCUGAGCAGACCUUCAUUAAAGAUGAUUACUUAGAAACAAUCUCAUCUCCUAAAGAUUUUGGGUUGGGACAGAGAGCAACUCCACCUCCCCCACCACCACCCACCUACAGGACUGUGGUCUCGUCCCCCGGACCUGGCUCGGGCAGUGGUACGGGGACCGCCAGUGGUGCAUCAUCUCCUGCUCGACCAGCCACUCCCUUGGUUCCCUGCAGCAGUACCACUCCACCUCCUCCUCCUCCCCGGCCUCCCUCCAGGCCAAAGCUACCUCCAGGAAAACCUGGAGUCGGAGAUGUGCCCAGACCCUUUAGCCCACCCAUACACUCUUCCAGCCCUCCUCCGAUAGCACCCUUAGCCCGGGCUGAAAGCACUUCUUCAAUAUCAUCAACCAAUUCCCUGAGUGCAGCCACCACUCCCACAGUUGUGUCAGAAGAUGAUGUUUUUUAUGACAAACUCCCCUCGUUUGAAAGGCGCUGUGACACGCCUGCAGAGAAUGAACAGCCUUCCCUCGUUUGGUUUGACAGAGGAAAGUUUUAUUUGACUUUUGAAGGUUCUUCCAGGGGACCCAGCCCCCUAACCAUGGGAGCCCAGGACACCCUCCCUGUUGCAGCAGCAUUUACAGAAACUGUCAAUGCCUACUUCAAAGGAGCAGAUCCAAGCAAAUGUAUCGUUAAGAUUACUGGAGAAAUGGUAUUGUCCUUUCCUGCCGGCAUCACCAGACACUUUGCCAACAACCCCUCCCCAGCUGCUCUGACUUUUCGGGUGAUAAAUUUCAGCAGGUUAGAACAUGUCCUGCCAAAUCCCCAACUUCUCUGCUGUGAUAAUACACAAAAUGAUGCCAAUACCAAGGAAUUCUGGGUAAACAUGCCAAAUCUGAUGACUCACCUAAAGAAAGUGUCUGAACAAAAACCCCAGGCUACAUAUUACAAUGUGGACAUGCUCAAAUAUCAGGUAUCUGCCCAGGGCAUUCAGUCCACGCCUCUGAACCUGGCAGUGAACUGGCGAUGUGAGCCUGCGAGCACUGACCUGCGCAUAGAUUACAAAUACAACACGGAUUCAAUGACCACAGCCGUGGCCCUGAACAAUGUGCAGUUCCUGGUCCCCAUAGACGGAGGCGUGACCAAGCUCCAGGCCGUGCUUCCACCCGCAGUCUGGAAUGCUGAACAACAAAGAAUACUGUGGAAGAUUCCUGAUAUCUCUCAGAAGUCAGAAAAUGGAGGGGUGGGUUCCUUAUUAGCAAGAUUUCAGCUGUCUGAAGGCCCAAGCAAACCUUCCCCACUGGUUGUACAAUUCACAAGUGAAGGGAGCACUCUUUCUGGCUGUGACAUUGAACUUGUUGGAGCAGGGUACCGAUUUUCACUCAUCAAGAAAAGGUUUGCAGCAGGAAAAUACUUGGCAGAUAACUAAUAAAAUCUUAUGCAAGGAUUCAUAUAAUGGAGAACUGUUGUAUGAGAAACAGGUUUUAAUUCUGGUUUGAUGAAAGCAAACCAAUGUCUGCACUUGGGAUCUAUCAGCUGGAAAGUCGAUGGCUUUCAGCAGUGAUUUUCCUUACACCACACCAUGAUGACCAAUCCUAUAGUAUUUACUUCUAGGUGUAAUAUUGUUAAUGGUUUUCAAAUGUAAUUAUUGUAUUUGUAAAUUGUAUUCUCAUUCCAGUAAGGCAGUUAGACACUUGAGUUUUAGCAUUUUACCAUUCCUGAAAUGGAUGUAAUUUAAACUGUGGUAUGUAAAUUUAAUUGUAGUACUGUUGAAUGGCACAAUGCUUACAGAGGUAGAUUGCAUUUUGUCAAUAUAUAAAAUUUAAAUAUAAUAUUGAUAGCUGUCAUAAAGGGGGUGCCACAUAUAAAGAAACUUAAAUGGAACGAGAAGAAAAAAAGAAACUUUCUUUUCUUCAGUCCUUAGUAUGUUUUACUCUAGUGCUAAAUAAAAAGUCUAUCUUCAAAUGUUUAGUGGGUUAAAUUCAGAAACUAUUUCAGAAAAAAAUUCUAAGGUUACAGCAUAUUCAAAGAAAAGCAUUAAUUACCACUUUUUAAAGAGCUUUUUUUUCAAACUGCAAAUUUCAUAAAAAAUGCAAACUAUAAACAGGGCCUCUUAUUUUUAUAACUUGUGUAAAAAGGGAAAGCAAUUCAUAUUUAAAGUUUAAGUAUAUUAAAUUAUAAUCAAGAGUAAAGAAGAUGUCAAAAUCUUAACUACUUCCCCCUCUCUCUGCAGUUUAGCAAAUGUGGAGAUUGCUGAAUAACCAGUCAGACUAAAACCAAAAUUGUGACUUUAAUAUUUAAGACUUUCCAUAGUUGAACUGGUUAACAAUGUUUGCACAAUUCCUCUAAACAGAUGGUCUCUCUCAUCCAGCCUGGGGGAAUGACACCUCAUGUCUUCCUCUUUACCCACAGGAAUCAAAACACUGAGAAUAAGAAACUCAGAAAAUAAUUUUUAGUUCCCUGUUUAGAUUCAGAAGGAGAAUUUUAAUUGUUAUCAUUUUUAUCAUUUGGGAAAGAACAAAUAAGCUUUAUAAAUGAAAUUCUAUUCACAUCAUUGUAUAAUAAAUUUCCUUUGGGAUGAUUAAUAUUCAUUGUAUAAACCUGUCAAUCUUUGCUCUUAUUGGGGAAUCAAGAAAAGAGUCAUCUAAGUCAUCUCAUUGCCCCAAGGUACCAUAAAAAUUGCAGUUUCUCAGUCUGGCCCCAAGAUGUGGGGAGUCAAAGACAACUCCUUCAAUAGUCCCAAUCAUAAAAUAUUCCCCCAUUAAGAUCUGAAAAUGUUAUUCUGUCUUUAAGUCAUAAAACUUACUUUAAACAUAAACUAAGUCCUAUUCUGGGUUAUACUAUUAAAUAACUGAAAUUAAUUGUUCUAUUUGCCAUUAACUGCUAAAUUUCAUUUUAUAUUCACUCAAAUUUGACCAAGAGUCUUUGGCUCCUUUAAAUUUUAGAAUGAAAUUAAAUUUUUUAGGUCUUACUUUUAAAAUGAGAUUGUGACUGGUAAUUGUUUAUAGUGGAAAUUUUUAAAUUAAUAUUUGUACUCUUCAAUCAAUGCUUGCUACCAAGAGAAUGUUUAGAAUGACCUGUUUUAGCUUAAAAGAAUUCUGACUAUUCAAACAAGCAGUCAGUUGGUUCCCCAAAGUCCUGUAGUAUUGAAGCUUUUUUGAACAAACUAAUUAAUAUACUCAUUUUAAGUAAAAAUAUUCAAUCUGAUUUUGAAAUCAAAUUUGAGAAAUGCAAACUUUUAAAUCCCCAAAACAUGGGAAAAUUCAGAACACUAAAAUCAAUGGAGAGCACACAACAGAAAACUGAGAAUUACACAUAGUAAGAAAAUAAAAAUGUGGUUUUUAAAUAAUCAGUUCAUGAAAAAAACAUUGAAUAUUAACACAAAGCAUAUUAAAAAUGUGUAAAUAUUACUGGUUCUCAUGUUUUUCUCUUUAUAUUUUAUUUUAUAUAGAUUUAGACUGAAUUAGUAAUUAAACACAAUUUUUUUCCAAAGAAUAAUUUUGUUGAUAUUGUAAAAAAUGUAAUUAAAAAUAUAGAUUUCAGUACUCUCUAACGUUAUUCAAAUGUUUCCAGGAACUAAAUCUGAAACUAUGAAGAAAUCCUAUGACCCCAUAUUUGGCCUUCAUGAAACCAAAUGGAAGUCAUUGAUUUCAAAAUUGUUAAAUAUUGAAUAACCAGAACCUCAAUAAGAAUGUAUUCCUUCCCCCUUCAGAAAAUAGGUCAAAUAAUAACACAAUGAGCUUGUAUCAGGGAUUUAGAUUUUGGUGUUUUGUUGUUGUUGUUUUUUUUUUUUUAAUUAUAGGUUAAGCCUAUAUUUUCACAGUACUGUAGAAUAAGAAUUCAUGUUCUUAAAAAAAAAAAAGAUCCUAAACAAUGCAAAAGUCUCAGUUAUCAAAGACAUAUCAAGUCAGGUUCAUGAUCAGUUCCUAGGUCAGAACAAAGUAGACUAGUACAUCCUAAGAUGCUUUGCAGUAUAAGGGGUUAAAAUUAAAAAAAAAAAAAAAGUUCUAGUUAACCUGAACACUGUUUCCUGAACAUUCUGAUUCAAAAAGCCUCUGCUCUAACAAGAUAGAAAGUAUAAAUGGUACUGCUUUAUUUUGGCAAGAUGAAAAGUAUGUUUUUCUCUUCAAAUAAAUCCCAUAUUUUUAUGAAAAUUUUAAAAAUAAAUUCUUAUUAAUAAUUA